AUGGCAAAAGUAUUUUUUACACCGUGGAAGGAUCAUUCCCAGUUACUCACUGUCCGGAAUCAAUUCUACCCUCCGCCCGCCUAUGAUGGACCAGAUUUGCGCUCAAAUGCCUGCGCUACGGUCGGAGUCUGGAAGCUCCGUGGCAACCUUCCACAUCCGGUUGAGGCUACCGCCUUAUUAACGGACGCGAUUCUUCACGACGAUGCUCAGAAAAAUUCCAUAUUCUCGAUUCGAGCCACCUACUCGGCUGCUUUCUGUCGAUUCGUAACGGGUCUUGUUGACUCGAAACUCCAUGGACAGAGGAAGACCAUGUUUCAACGAGCGAUUGACCUCGGGCUUCCGGCAUCGUUUGUUGAGCUGCGCCACGAGGCGACCCAUAGAGAGCUACCGUCUCUUGUGGUAUUGCGCAACGCGACGCAACGCUCGUUAGAGUGGCUCUGGGACUAUUACUGGGCCAAGACAGACUCUGACGUUGCGCUUGUAUUAGGAAGGCCUGCCUCUGCGGUCUCUAACGAUGCCGACAAUGGCAAUGUAGAAGAAAUCAGGAGCAUCGUCAGAACCGUUCUCGAGCAUCCAGCGAGCCAGGGCGACCUUACAGAGCCACCACGGAAGAAGAGGAAGUCAGAUCAGCAAUCGUCUUUCCUUGCGGCGCAGCUGGUAGCGGUAUGUAAGGCGUCUAGCAGGAGUCCUCACUCACUUUCUCGAGUCCUCAUUGAGGAUGCAAUAAUUGUACCGAAGGGACGAAAGCUUGGCGAUUCCAUGGAUGAAGCAUUCACCAAGUGGGACAGAUCACUACAGUGUGUAGCGGCAGGUCAUCCUACAUUUUUACCAGCUCUGACCGAGGAACUGGUCAAUGAACUGGCAUUCACGAGACGACCGAAUACGAAAGAUGAUCCCCGGUGCGAGGCGGUUUAUAUGUGGCUGGACCACAUCUUGAACUCAGCAGAGUGGAGUACAGCUCGGCAAUCUCUUUCUCUCGGAUACAUUCUCAGUGUCUGCGACCAAAAUUCGAAUCGCUGGCUAGAUCUGCUCAGAGGCGCUGUUCGCUCAGAGGAUAAUCGCUUGCCUCCUAUUGCUAGAGAUCAGAGCAACGCUCCACUUCGAUCACAGAAAAAAUCUGGAAGUACGACACAUGCCCAGCACACCGAAGAUGAACUACAAGGGCUGCAGAAAUUCGGGUGGGAAAGGUUAGACACUUGGGAUACCAGACCAAUAGGGAUAGUUUGA